AUGGGCGACGCCUCUGCAGCAACUCAAAAGCCCACAAUUCUUUUCAUUGCCGAUCCAUGUGAAACAUCAGUCACAUUAAAUUCCAGGGUAUUCAAUGAAAAGUUCAGUAUCUUGCGCUAUCACUUGGACACCAAAGAUGCGUUUCUUGACUUUCUGGAAAGGCACAAACAUUCCAGAAUUUGUGCCAUUUAUGCUGGCUUUCCAGCUUUUUGGAAAAUUGGCGGUAUGACUCGAGAUAUUAUCGAGCAUAAGUCGUUCCCCAGAAGCGAUUUAAGAUGCAUCGUCCUUUGCUCAAGAGGGUACAAUGGGUGGGACCUAAACGCAUUACGCGAACAUAACAUUCAAUUGUAUAACUACCAAGACGAUAAAAAUGAAAAACUGAUUGAUGACUUCAAACUUCACCAAGUUGGUAACGACGUGGCAGAUUGCGCAUUGUGGCAUAUUUUAGACGGUUUCAGGAAAUUCUCUUAUUGUCAAAAACUUACUCGAGAAACCGGGAACACACUAUCUGCAAGAGCAAAAGCUGCUGAAAAGAGCAGAUUUGCUUUUGGACAUGAAUUAGGUAGUGUGCAUACUGAAUCUCCAAGAGGAAAAAAAUGUUUGAUUCUUGGUCUAGGAAAUAUUGGCAAGCAAUUGGCCCAGAAAUUGCAAUACGGAUUAGGAAUGGAAAUCCAUUAUAGCAAGAGAAGUGAAGACUUCACAAUUACUCAAAACGAAAGGUGGGUGUUUCAUAGUCUGGACGAAACAAUAUAUGCCAAACUAUACCAAUUUCAUGCAAUCGUGACCACAUUACCGGGCACCCCUCAAACAGAACAUUUGAUUAAUGACAAGUUUUUGAAACAUUGCAAUUCAAAUUUAAUUCUAGUAAACUUGGGAAGGGGCGCAAUCCUGGACUUGCGAGCUGUAUCUAAGGCCUUGCGAAAAGGACAAAUUAAGCAUCUCGGAGCAGACGUCUUUUAUAAUGAACCACAAAUAGAUGAAAAAAUCAGAUCUUUUGACAAAUUUACUUCAAUUACUCCGCAUGUGGGCAGUGCGACAAAAGACGUAUUUGAGCAAAGUUGCGAAUUGGCCUUACAAAGAAUAUUACAAGUGAUGUCUGGAGAAUGCGCAAGUGACGAAAAAGUUGCCCGUAUAGUUUAG